AUGGCUCUGCACUACCCUAUGGCCGUGGGCCUCAACAGGGGCCACAAGGUGACCAAGAACGUGAGCAAGCUGAGGCAUGGCCACCGCCGCGGGCGCCUCACCAAGCACACCAAGUUCGUGCAGGACAUGAUGCUAGAGGUGUGUGGCUUCGCCCCCUACGAGCGGAGGGCCAUGGAGCUGCUCAAGGUCUCCAAGAACAAGCGCGCCCUCAAGUUCAUCAAGAAAAGGGUGGGGACGCACAUCCGUGCCAAGAGGAAGAGAGAGGGGCUGAGCAACGUCCUCGCCGCCAUGAGGAAAGCGGCAGCCAAGAAGGACUGA